AUGGAGUUUAACUAUUACAACACAACUGUCAUAGGUACUGUACAUGUAAGAAAGGUAAUGUUGCUGGUACCGGGUCCUGGUGCUAAUAGUGACCGCGCAUCACAAAACAGAGAAUUACUUAUUAGCGAAUUGUUGGGCAAACAAACAAUGUUACUCCCCUGGCAGGUCCUAUCGUCGUCGUCAUCAGCCUAUAUACUAUUCUCUGCACAACUGGAUUCUCCUUGUGCACUGUGCACUGUGCACGGGGCAAGGAGGAUCAUUUAUUACAGAGGACUCAGUACUCCGCCUCCGUCGGACGUAAUCCGUCCUCCAUACUCCAUACAGAUACUAGUCAAGCUCUACGGCGUUCGGCGAAUAUUCUAUUAUACCCAGACUUUACCGGGAGAAGAAGUCGCAUACUAA